UUGACAAAACAAAUUUGUAUUUCCAUUAAAAAAUUAAACACAAAAAUUAUUCAAAAUUUUUCGUAAAAAUAACGCAAAUUUAAAAUUCCUUUAAGAAACUCUAUUAUUAAUCUGCGGCAAACUAAUUCACAAAAUAAAAUGUCCAAGAUUUUGUUAUCUUUACCCUCUACAUUGUCAAAGCGCAUGCCAUUGUUAUAUCAAAGACAUUUUGCCUCGGAAAUCAAGGGCAGUUGGAAUGAGGCACCCUUAUGCAAAGGACGUAAGAUGACAGAGGCUGAACAAAAAUGUCAUCCCAAACAGGCCAGUUGUUCGGGCAGUUUAAGUGCUUGCGGUGGAACAUAUUGGCCAGAAUGUGGUGAACCAGAUAUAAAACCAGCACCACAAUUAACAUGUUGCUGUGAGAAACACCUAAGCAAACCGAUAUGUGAAAAGCCGGCCAAAAAGAAACCUAAACAUAAGGAAGAGAAACCCUUCAAAUCAAUGUGGGAGGUAUGCGGUGUAGAUCCCCAAUGUCCCGAUUUGAUACCACGUCUAGAUGAAACCCACUACGAAUCAUCGGAUAAAACCAAAAGAAUUUAUACCCAAACCUGGAAGUCAUGUCAGCCACAGACAAGAAAACGUAAAGUUUGUUGUUUCAAUGAGAUGUGCAUGUUGCCACCACUGGAAAAACGAAGCAAACAAGAAUGUCCCCACACAGCCAAGGAACAGGACAGUGAGCAGCUAAAAUUGGACUAUAAUGUUUUGAGGAAAUGUAUGGAAAGUCCUCCCGAAAAUCCCAAUACGAGACGUAUUAACAAAUGUCGCAAAAUUGUUAUGCCCUGUUGCCGUAAGGUGGCUCAAAUCAUUAAAUGUCAUCGUAAUCGCAUGCAAUCCAAGUGUUUGAAAGAAUGCUGUCCCCAUCCUAGCUUUUCGGAGUGUGAUCAUGCCAAAUUGAAGACUGGGCCACCAGCUGAAUGUCGUUGUACACAUUUUCUCAAUCAAUGUGAAACGAAUCGUUUUGCAUUGCGCAAGCAACAGUUUAAUAUUCCACCUGCUUUGCCAGCCUGGCCACCCAAAGAGAGGCCAAAGUAGAUGAAUGCUAAGCAGAAAGUUUUAUAAAUUUUUAUUAACAAGAUUGUGAAACUUGGAGGCAUUUGGGUGUAGAUGGGAAAAGAUUUACAAAAUAUUGGUCAUUAUAUUUUGUGAAUUAAAAUUAAAUCAAAUUUUAGUAAAGUUAAAUUUGAGAAUUGUAUAAAAAAAAAAUUGUAAGAUUAACUAAAAUAAAACGUAACAAA